CUCGACCGAGCCAAACCGGCACAGAAUCAACAAAGCGCUCCAGCAUGAACGAGACCGCGGGCCUGCGCUACCGGAGGCAAAACAGACAUGACGUCAUCAGCGACCACCCAGCCGAUCGCGUGCGCAAGGGCAACGGAACAUAUAGCGGACGUGUGUUCCGAGCAACGCUGCUGUCGGUGGGGGGCUUGCUGCUUCUGCCUCUGCUCGUCAUCGUGCUCAUCUUGGAGUCGCCCAUCCAGCCCGAUGUCCUGGUUCUGAAGGAGCCGCCGGCCAUGUCGGGCUGUUGGGAAGCAAACGCCAAACUGCGUCUCGCUCACCGACUCUACGAAGACGCCGUUGCCGGACCGGAGUCAAUCGCCAACAUCGGAGACGUUUUUUAUAGCGGAACAGCUGAUGGCAGGAUUGUAAAGAUGAUUGGUCGAAGGAUUCACACGGUGGCCAGAUUGGGAAAACCUCCUUGUGAGUCCGCGCAGUACGAGGUGACCUGCGGGAGGCCCCUGGGUAUACGAGUGGGACCCAACGGGACUUUAUUUGUAGCAGACGCUUACCUGGGUGUCUUUGAGGUCAACCCCACAACAGGCGAGUCCACUCGGCUGGUGGCGGGUGGCCAGGAGGUGGGCGGCAGGAAGUUGCUGUUUAUCAACGACCUGGCGGUGACGCAGGAUGGCAAGAAGGUGUACUUCACCAGCUCCAGCAGCAGGUGGCAGCGCAGAAACUACCUUCACCUCAUCAUGGAGGCCAGCGCUGAUGGGCGUGUGCUGGAGUAUGACACGGAGAGCGGAGAACUGAGCGUGGUCAUGGACAACCUGCGAUUUCCCAACGGUAUCCAGUUGCUUCCCGACGAGGAGUCCGUCCUGGUGGCAGAGACCACCGUAGCCCGAAUACGUAGGGUCCACGUGGCAGGACUAAACAAGGGCGGCAUGGACACGUUUGUGGACAAUCUUCCCGGUUUCCCUGACAACAUCCGGCCCAGCUCGAGCGGUGGCUACUGGGUGGCUAUGUCCGCCGUGCGCCCCAAUCCUGGAUUCUCAAUGUUGGACUUCCUGUCCCAGAGACCCUGGAUAAAGAAGUUACUUUUCAAGCUCUUCAGCCAGGACGCCAUGAUGAAGUUCGUCCCUCGUUACAGCCUGGUGGCCGAGCUACACGACGGCGGCAUCUGCUCACGAAGCUUCCACGACCCCAACGGACUGGUUGUGGCGUACGUGAGCGAAGCGCACGAACAUGACGGGAGCCUUUACUUGGGCUCCUUCCGAUCACCUUACCUCGCAAAACUGGACCUGAGCCUCGUGUAAUGGUCGUGUCCAUCGAGCCCAUCCGUCCUUUGUUGCCUGGGAUCACAUCAUCAAUCUUUCUAUUUAUACUUAUCCACUCGUCUUCCUUCCAUCCCUUUUAAUUUCCUCACUUGUCCACUCACCUUCCUUCCAUCCCUUUUAAUUUCCUCAUUCCAUGCUCCCUUUAGUCUUGAUAUUGCAUGCGAAUCUAAAAACGCUGUUCGGCUUAAGUGAAGAAAAGUGUGUAAAAUUAGAGUAAAUAAUUAUCUGGCCUACCCACAGCAGAGGAUGUGACGGGGCUGGGUUUCAAUUCACCGUCAAAAUCAAACCUUGUGAACCUCCGUCCAAAGCAAAUUGUUGCGUUUUUCACCAUGGAGCAGAAAAAGUGAGAAAAUGUCAACGGUGGGAGAUCUAAUUAGUUUGGAUUGAAUAAAACAAAAUAAAUUUC